UAUUAAGAAUAAGUAUUUAGUGUUAAGAGUUAGUAUUUAGUUGAGUUAAGUUUACUUUCAUUGAUCUUAAUGUAUCUCACCACUGAUGAAUUGUCUUCCUCUGAAUCAGUUCCUGCUCCUCUGUUAACAGUCUUCUUACUCCAGCUUCAGCCUCAACAGCAACAGUUAUCACCUGCCAGAACACCUGCUCCACCCUCCAGCCUCCACCUGUUACUUCUACCAGACAAAACAUCAGCCUUGAGCUGCAGCCUGUGAGAUGACAGACUCCUCUCCACCUGCAGCCUCUGUCUCUCUGUUGCCUACAUCCUCUACCAGCAGCUUCAGCAUCAAACUGCUGCCUCACUCUUCACCUGCAGCCUCUGUCAGCAACCUGCAGCCAUCUCCUCCAACUGCACAUUCUGUUGAAUGGCUGAUGGCUGAACCUCCAUCUACAGCCUUUGCCAGUGCCUAUACCUCUCGAAGUGAACUGCUAUCCGAGCCUCCACCCACAGCCUCUGUCAGCAACCUGCAGCUUCCGCCUCCACCUGCAGAUUCCUACAGCCAUCUGAAGACGACCACUGGGGGAGUGGUCGUCUUCAGAUGAAGAUCCCCACAGAAAGCUGUGGCCAAACCUCCACCUACAGCCUCUAUAAGGAAACCUGCACAGAUGUUAUCCUACUGCCAUGUGGAGACCUGAGUGGAACAGCAAGGACCAGAGAAACACACGUGUUUUCAAACGUUGUGAAAGACUGAGCUCACACUCCUCAACAUGAACCUGACUGACUGUGAUGAUGCCUUCAUGAAACGAGAGAGCUCCACUAUCUACCAGGAGCUGCUUCAGGGCCCUGAGGACAACUCCUUUUACAACAGCUCUGUUCCAGAGAUGCUUCCUCCUCCUCCACAUCCUCCACCUUCACCACCCCUCCUGCUCAUCGCCAGAACUAAGAGUGCCCCACCCCAUCUCAGCAACCACCACCAGUUUCUCCUGCAGCCACCGCCUAAGAGGAAGAGACGUAAAGAAAAAAGGAAAGGUAAAGGCGAGGCAGCGGAAGACGGUGCCCCUCAACACAAAAUCCCCCACAUGGCGGUGGAUCUGCAAGAAACGCCAGAUGAGAAGCAAGGGGCCGAGUCAUCCUCAGAAAAAGGGUCUCUAAUGGACACCCAACAGAAUGAACGAGAGAAAACAGACAUCGAGGGGAACGGAGUGAGCCAAGACAACACACUUGAAAUAACACCCACUACUGAUGACAACGCAAAAACCAACACAAAUGGUGGUGAAGAAAGCAGAACAAAAGAUGGAGGAAGUGAAAAAUUAAGCGAGAAAUCGUCCAAGACUGAGCAGAAGAAGAACGCCGACUCAGGAUCGCACCGUGCCGGGUUCGACGCCUUUAUGACGGGAUACAUUUUUGCCCAUUCAUGUACCCUGAACAAGAAGAAAGGAGUGGAAGCUGUAGGGAAGGAGGAGGAAGAGGAGUCCUGGGUUCCUUCGUGUCUCAAUAAGGUCUACCUCAGCGGUAAAUCUGCUCCUCUCAACGUGGUUAAAAGCACCUUCUCCAAAUCAUCCAAGGCCCAUGUGGCGAAGAUGGAGAUGGUUUGGGGAAAGAAAGUGUAGUGUCCACACUUGAACACAGUAUUUAAGUGUUUAUAUUAGGGCUGCAACUAAUUAUUAUUUUAAUUAGUAAUCUGCAGAUUACUUUUACGAUAAACUGUUUGUUCAAUAAAUUGUCCAAAAAUAAUAAAAAAGGAACAACCUCAAAAGACUCAAAGUCCAAGUGAUUCAAUGUUUUGUUGAGUCCAAACCUAUGGUCCAAACCCAAAGAUGUUGACUUUAAUAUAAUAUUUA